CCUCAGGUGAUCCGCCUGCCUUGGCCUCCCAAAGUGCUGGGAUUACAGGUGUGAGCCACCACGCCCAGCCCCUACUGCAGUUUUGACACUGGGAUGUGAACUCGUCCACACUCCUGCCCUAGAGAGGGGGCCUGUGUUCCUCCCACUGACUCUUGGCAGCUGUGACUGCUUGGACCAAUAGAGUACAGUGGAAGUGACACUGUGUGACUUCCAAAGUGAGGUUAUAACAAGUUCUACAAUUUCUGCCGUGCUCACUGAAAACACUCUUGGAACUCUGGGCCACCUGUAAAAGCCCAAGCACCCUGAAGCUGCCAUGCUGGGAAGAAGCCCAGGUCACACGGGGAGGGCCUUCCCCCCGUGGAAUGGAGACAUGCAGGGUCUCCAUUCACAGUUCCAGCUGAGCCCAGCUUUUGAGCUCUCCUGCCCAGGAGCCACACUUGUGAGUGGAGCAGCCUCCAGAUAAUUCCAGUGCCCAAUCCUUCAAGUCAUGCGGGCUGCUCAAGCCUUCCCAUCUGGGGCCCCAGACAUGAGGAAGCCCUCCCUACUCUGCCCUGAGUGCCUGAUCCUCAGAACCUGUGAGUGUAAUAAAAUGAGCCUGUUGUGUGUCUCUAAAUGUAGGUGGUCUGUUACACAGCAGUAGAGAACUGGAAUGUCCCUCACUCACAAGGACUCUGGCAACACCCGCAGUUUCCAUCUCCUUCCAGAUCUGCCAUCUCCUGGGGGACUUAAGUGUCAUACAAAUAACCUCCCAUUGCCAACACUCUGGCCUCCCAGUCCUUGACCUCCUCACCCACAGCAAUGUCCUCACCUGUCACCUGGGCUAACUCUUCCAGUGAACAAAUGGCAGGGUCUAGUGGUUUUAAGGGACACCAUGAGGGCUGUUAUAAGGGAAAUGGAGGCUUCCUCUUGUAGCCCUUCCAAAGGUCCUGUGCCCCCCCUCUGGUGUUGUCAAUAUGCAGGAUAUUGGGAAGAGCUGCAGGUCACAAAGUCACCAUGUCAACCUUCCUGUCAACCAUAAAGGAAUUCUGUCCCCAGGGUGGGGGAAGGGCCAGGCAGGUAGCUGGAGGCAAGUCUCCCAGAGCCAGCUGCUGACCCUAGUCCCUGCGAUCUGGGGAGGUACCUGGUGAAGGGCCGCAGUGUGCACUGGUGAAAGGGCAGGAGGAGGGGUGUGGCCCUUGGGCAUAAGGGGAGGCGCCAGAGAAGGUGGCCAGAGGUGGCCUGUGCUCAGCCUAUCUGGGCCCUGGCACAGGCACCCAAGAGUGAGGUGGGGUCACAGGGACGGCCAAAUAAUGAGGAGCCGUGGCCGCUGGGGGCCCUGCUUCCUGCUCUUCCUGCUGCUGCUUCCUCCACCACUUUUUAGAGCAGGAAGCCUUCGGUACCAUGGACCUGGCUGGAGAAUGUUGCAACGCCUGGCCCUGGGCUCCAGGAGGGCCCACCACCGCCGUGGCCCAGGAUGGAGGCAGCACUUGCGCCAGGGGCAAGCAGGUCACAGAUGCCAGGGCUCAUUUGACCUCUACUUCAUCUUGGACAAGUCUGGCAGCGUGAACAACAACUGGAUUGACCUUUAUAUGUGGGUGGAGGAAACAGUGGCGAGGUUCCAAAGCUCAGAUAUUCGGAUGUGCUUCAUCACCUACUCCACAGACGGCCAGACUGUCUUGCCACUCACCUCAGACAAGAAUAGAAUAAAAAAUGGUCUUGACCAGCUUCGGAAAAUUGUACCUGACGGACACACAUUCAUGCAGGCAGGAUUUAGAAAGGCAAUUCAACAGAUUGAAACGUUCAACUCCGGAAACAAGGUUCCCAGCAUGAUUAUUGCUAUGACUGAUGGAGAGCUGGUUGCACAUGCAUUUCAGGACACUCUCAGAGAAGCUCAAAAAGCUCGGAAACUGGGGGCCAACGUUUACACCGUGGGUGUGGCCGAUUAUAAGCUGGACCAGAUAACGGCAAUUGCAGACAGCCCGGAGCACGUGUUUGCAGUGGAGAAUGGCUUCAAGGCCAUGAGAGACACCGUUGAUGCUCUCACGUCAAAGGUCUGUCUUGACGUGACAUCGGUGGAGCCUCCCACUGUGUGUGUAGGAGAACCCUACCAUGUGGUUGUUCAUGGAAAUGGCUUUCAGAAUCUAAAGAAACAGGAUGAAGUUAUUUGCAGAUUUAUCUUCAAUGAAAGCACUAUCAUUGAUGAAAAGCCAACCAGUAUCGACAAUAAUUCCAUGAAUUGCCCUGGGCCAAAACUAGAAAAACCUGGAGAGGAGUACUUUAUUGAAGUCAGCUUGAACAAUGGCAAAACAUUCUUCAAGAGCAAUGUCAGCGUCACCAGCAGCACAUGUGGCAUUUUCAGCAACUGGCUCUAUUUUUUGCUGCCUCUGCUGCUUCUGCCACUACUGCUGUGUUGUCUCUGGCGGCUGUGCCGCAAGAAGACUGUCAAGGAGCCACCACCUGUGCAGAAGCCAGAAAAGGAGCCAGAGCAGGAGAAACCACCACCUCCACCACCACCAUCACCACCACCGCCUCUGCCUCCACCACCUCCGCCCCCACCUCCGCCCCCAGCUCCUGUAAACACCUGCCCCACCGUGAUUGUUUGUUGCUGUGCAUGCCAAGGAGUGUGCGGGAUGAGAGGGAUAGAGGGCAAUCUGGAUACCUUUUGUGACCUCUCUCACCCAAGCUGCUGCCAGGUGCCAUGGAUGUGGUGUCAGCGCAGGGACCAGGGGAGGUACCUCAGCUUAGCUCUUGCACAGUCCCAAUACGCACAGGCUCCCUGCUGCCCAAGGAUCUGCUUUCCACACAGCCAGGAGUCCCUUUCCCUACCACAGGCUCCCUGCCGCCCAAGGAUGUGCCUGAGACACAGCCGGGAGUGCCUCGCCCUCAAACAGGCUCCCUGCAGCCCUAGGAUCUGCCUGAGACACAGCCCGGAGUACUUUUCCCAAGCACAGACUCUGUGCAGCCCAAAGAGCUGCCUUCAACCUGGCCGGCAGUGCCUCCCCGUCACCUGCUCCUCCAGGUGCCACCUCCUCCCUGCUAGGUGCUCGAGGCCUCCCUCCAGGAUCCUGCCGCUGUUGUCCCCACUGCUCAGGCACACUGCAGAACCCCCUCUGUCCCUCCCUCCCUCGGAGCCCAACUUCUAA